GAGAUUUUUGAGUCGCAAUGCAAUGUGAACCAGAUUUUUAAACCCUAUUAACAUUUCUGUAUCUUUUCCUUACCCAUCUGAUUUGUCUAUGUUUUCCUGGCCUAUCGAUCGGAAUCCUAUUGAUCUUGAGCUAUUUUUGUCUGGUUUCGGGCGUAAUAUUGAAGGAGGAAGAAAAAAGGAAGGGCAUGGAAAGUGACAAGACAGCCAUUAGAAGCAAGGAAAUGAAAAUUGAGGUGCCAUCAGGGAGUGAAACUGGGAUGGAGCUACAAGGUAAUGCUCAUGGUCAUGGUGGGCUCACAAGACAGAACAGUAUGAACAAGACCAAUUGUCUUUGCUCUCCCACCACGCAUGCCGGUUCGUUCCGGUGCCGCCUCCACCGGACCACAAGCCUCCAGAGGACCAAGAGCAUCGAAUCAGCUUCCCUCUCUGAUCAGCCGUCUAGGGUGGCUGAUGACAGCAAGGAUCAGAUCCAUUGAUCUGCUAAAGUUUCUCUUAUCUGUUUAAGUGGUGUCACAUUUUCUUUCCAUGUUUUGAUGUUGACAAGUGUAAGUUGUAAUGUUCUAGUGUGUUAUGUGAACAACUUGCCCAGUUGACUUGGAUUGGAUGUGAAGAUCUGUGAGCCUGCUGGGUGGCCCUGCUUCACGAGCAAGAAUAAAAUCCAAAUGAUUCCUAAUUAAGACCGAAAAUUUGGCUUGCUUGCCAAUUUGAAGUUUCUGACUGAACACUCUUGUACAUGGCAAUAUGGAAGCAAAGGGUGUUUCUUUACUUGCUACUGGGUGGGUUUUAUUUACCGUUCUGUUUUUGAGAAUUCGCUAAUUUGACUGUUAUUGUAAUUUGCUCGUAGGGUUCACUUGUUAUUUCUGGUGUGUAACACCCAAAUUUGGCUUAGGACUGUUCAAGUUCUGAUCCCAAUUGAGAGACCCAUGUUUUGGGCACACAUUACGUCCGAUCCUGGUCCUAGUUUGGUUUGAUUA